AUGAAAAGAGCAACUAAUUCCCAAGACAUUGUUAAAUUGAAUGUAAAUUUAAUGCCAUGGUUGAGACACACAUCACUACGCAAGCCGUCAUCCUUGAACACAGCAAACAGCACUUACAUUAACGCUUAUCCAGCAGCACCGCCACCUACACCACAUUGUAUUUGUAGCAUCGCAACAGCCCCAUCAACACCCCAAGCAACCGCCGCCGAAACAGCAGCAACCAAUACCACCUCAACCACCACCACCACUAACGCCAACUCCACCCCCAAUACAAAAGCUAAAGAGAACGAGGCUAAAGGUCUUCUACCCCACAAUUCCCAUAUCAAUCAAUUGCAAAUAAAUUACUUUCAAUUCCCACCGAAAGCUUUGCUGUUGGACGAUUCUAUAACGGUAACAUCACUAUCAGCCCCCUCGCUGGCCACAACAACAGCAGUAGCAUUAGCAGCGGCAAGUAGCGCCUGGCCAUCGUCUAGUAACGAGUCCCCAACAUCUGCCAUUGGCGCAACAGGCUGUACAUCUGCUAAUAACUCACCGAAAAGUCAGCAGCAUCACCAACAACAUCACCAUCAACAUUUAUCGUUAAAUCAACAGCACUCUCAAUUGCAUAACGUUGUAUCUUCGCCACCACCAGCAACAACAACAACAACACCAGUUAUUGCAACCAGCAACAUGGGUCGUCGAGAGAUUAAACGCUCCAAUACAAGCAGCUCCACCACCAAAUCAUAUGAUAGUGGUAGUGACAGUCAAACAAUAAAAGACCUUUGCCAUAACCUUAUCAGCCGAUUGGACGAAUGA